AUCACAAACUAUAUUUUCUGUUUUAUAUCUACCCGAUUUCGCCCUUUUCUUGUGCUUUAGUCUCCUAGUGAGCUCCGCACACCAGCCUUCGUUGCUAUGUUGUGAGAAAACAUCCCGCCCAUCAGCUUGGCGACGGGAAUUCACCUGCCAUGCGCAGGGAAGAAGUGACCCGACAGCCUGCACUGUUUACCGCCUUGAUCAGCUAACCCAGGCCCUGUCCAAGAAAACGUACCAAAAGCACGCUUUGCAACCAGUUUGGCAUGUAAUCGCCUACAGGUUUGAUCCAUAUAUUUCUUAUUUAGGAAUAACAGACCAUAGAACAUCCUAGAUUCUAUCGGAAGGCUCCAUGUCGCAAUAUUUGCUACCAAGAAUGGGGAGAAACGCCAUAAGAUAACGCAGUGUUGGAAGGGGAAAUCAUCUCAGCCGCACCGCUGUAGUGCAGGAGGCUUGUUGGAGAGAAAAGGUCGAGGGGCAAGAGGAAGAUUUAUUUGCUGGGUGCUGCUGGCCGGCAUCGGGACAAAUAAGCGAAAAAGCUAAUCAGCUGCCUAGCGUCAUUUCUAGGACCGUGCUUUUCUAUGUGUGGCCAUGCACAAGAGGAUGGAUCAUGAUCGGGACAGAAUCGCUGCUGACAGAAAGCAGUCGAAGUCGAGUGGGGGGCGCAGUCGAACCCAUAACCCUUCCAACUCUGGGGUACUCAUGGUUGGGCCCAACUUCAGAGUCGGCAAGAAAAUUGGAUGUGGAAAUUUUGGAGAAUUAAGAUUAGGGAAGAACUUGUACAACAAUGAGCAUGUGGCCAUCAAGCUGGAACCAAUGAAAUCCAGAGCACCACAGUUGCAUCUGGAAUAUAGGUUUUACAAGGCACUCGGCCAAGCCGAGGGCAUUCCUCAGGUCCAUUACUUCGGCCCAUGUGGCAAGUAUAAUGCAAUGGUCCUGGAGCUGCUGGGACCCAGCCUGGAGGACCUCUUCGAUCUCUGUGAUAGGCAGUUCUCAUUAAAGACUGUUCUCAUCAUAGCAAUUCAGUUGAUAACAAGGAUAGAAUAUGUCCACUCCAAACACCUCAUCUACAGGGAUGUGAAACCGGAGAAUUUCCUCAUAGGACGACAGUCCACCAAGAACCAAAACAUCAUCCACAUUAUUGACUUUGGGCUGGCCAAAGAGUACAUUGACCCAGAGACUCACAAACACAUCCCUUAUCGGGAACACAAGAGUCUGACGGGGACAGCGAGAUAUAUGAGCAUCAAUACUCACUUAGGCAAAGAGCAAAGCCGAAGAGAUGACCUAGAAGCGUUAGGACACAUGUUUAUGUACUUCCUAAGAGGUAGUCUACCAUGGCAGGGAUUGAAAGCAGACACAUUGAAGGAACGGUACCAAAAGAUAGGGGAAGUAAAGAGAGCUACCCCUAUAGAGGUGCUGUGUGAGGGAUACCCAGAAGAGAUGGCCACGUACCUGCGCUAUGUGCGGAGAUUGGACUUCUUCGAGACGCCAGACUACGACUACUUGAGGAAACUGUUCCAGGACCUGAUGGACAGGAAGGGGUGGAAGAACGACGGGGAGUUUGAUUGGACAGGAAGGCAGCUGUCCACGCCUGUUGGCUCCAUUCAGAGCCACACCAAUGAUGGACCGCUGUCACCAAUCCAGCCUGAAAUUGCACGCAGAGACAAGCAAAGCAAGCCCAGAGAGAGGGCAUGGGAGCAACAGAGGACCAACUUGAUGGUCCCCAACCGUGACCUUGGCGGCUCCGUCCAAGUUGUCAGCUCCACGAACGGCGAGCUGAACAACGACGACCCGACGGCCGGCCACUCCAACGCCCCCAUCACCCAGCAGGCUGACGUGGAGGUGGUGGAUGAGACCAAGUAUGAGAAACUGUGCUGCUGCUUCUUCAAGCGGAGACGGAAGAAGGCCGGCACCCGCCGCAAAUGACUGGUAGCCAUCUACAGGCCCGACCAACGGAGCCUGAUCUCCAACGAGCCCACGCAAUAACGUCUACACCGAGCCUUCCCAGUCCAACCACUCCAUGCCAUGUGAUCUACCUGCCGUCUAUCCCGUACAGCCGCCACCACCGCUCCCACUCCUUUAGAUGGAGAUUUGGCCAUUGGUUUGACAUCACGAAAUGUCCUUACAUAAUGCACAAAUGUAUGUUCAAUACAAAACUAUGCUAUGCCAUAAGUCUGGUCCGACAGUGGCUGCUGUACUGGAAAGAUUUUACAUAAUUAAUGUAUAGAACUGAAUUACAGCAAUUGAGAAAUUCCUGCACCGAUACCCAGAGAAACAUUGAAACAUUGAGUGGUGUUUGAGAACUAUCCCCUGCCUCUGUGUGCUUCUAGUUCUCUAGUGUUCUUGUAAUCAUUAGUGGUCAAGACAAGGUCUGGAAAACUUCUCUUAUGCCUCAUCAUUUUUUUUAUCAUGAAAAGGGAUUGUGCAGAAAUUUCUUAAUUGCCUGUGGAAGUAAUCCUACUAGCUUGAGUUGUUGGAGAUCUGGUCCCCCUUCCCUACCAUGUACAAAAUACCUGCUGCUGUCUGCUAAAGGAGUGCUCUUGGAAGUUUGGAAUUUUUCCACUUGAUUGUCAACCUUUCAAAGUAUGCCUAUCUCUGGAUUGCAUUGAGACUAAGAAUUGAAAAUUGACUAAACCCCAUAUCCGUCAAUGCAGGGGUACAGCUUUGUUGUUCCCAUAGAGCUUUGAAGGAAGGGCCUGUAGAUUUGAAUACCUUCAUUUGGAAAAUUGUCUGAACUUCGAGGCAAUCCAUGGUACGUGUAAAUUUGAUGUCAGUACAUGUGUGUGUGUGCUGAAAACCCCAUGGGUGCCGAGAUUUGCAGAUCUUUAAGUCCUAGUGUACUAGGUGUAAAUGUAUAUCACUUGUGGACAGCUUGAUUUUUAACAUUCCUCCUUGAGUUGUGGUCGAGUCGUGGGUGACAACGUUUCCUGGACUGAUUUUAGCCGUCAAGUUGUCAUAUCUGCGGACCAACCACACAAAAUAGCAUAGCUUUUUUUGAGACCAUUCAGGUUGUCUUUGUACUGUUAAUGGUUUCGUCAAAUGGAGAAUAAAUGUAGCAAGCAGCAGUGUCCACGAUAGCACUCCACCAUAGCCUUCAUCUCUGUGGCUCUGGGAUAUGGAAGUUUAAGAACUACCCAAGUUACAGUACAGGCAAAUGGGGAUGAAAGGAACCAGUACUAAUGAAGCCGUGUUCUACAUGUGUGGUUAGCCGACACAGUCAACCCAGUUCUUGCAGCAUAUUGAUAUUUUGCAUAACUGCUAGAUUUCUGCCUUCUGAAAUGAAAUGGAAUGUUAUGAAAAAGGAGGAAUUUAGACAGCAUGUGUUCCAUGACAGAAAUUGGAAUGUGCUCUAUUGCUAAAACUGGUACAAAGCGACCCAAGCGGUAAAGUUGCAAUAUGAUUACAAGUGCUGCAGGGAUGUCAGGCAUGGCUUCAAAAGUACACUGUAUUCAACACAGUAGGAAAUAUGCCGCAGAAGUAGGCACCAGUUUUCCUGUCUUGUAGCAUUAAUGUUGGAUCAUUCCUCAAUUAAACAUUUGCUUUUCGAGUGGUGUUGAGACACCAAAUUGCCUAAAUGUCACAACAUUGUUUGUGACAUGACACACUUGUACAAUACUGUAGCAUGUUUGCUUUUUUUAGUUUUUUUCUUCAUUUUUUUGUUGCAAACGAAGGACACUGUAUAGGUGCAAUCAUCUGAGACUUUGUACAGAACUUUUCGUCAGCACCUAUGAAAAAUGUCAAGCUUGUUAUAUAGUCUCUUUUCUCUUAAACAGAUUUUUGAGAUUUUUCUUUUCAACUCAAGCAGAGAAGAAGCAUGUUCACUGUUGUUGCUGCUUGUGAGACCACCAUGUGAUCUUAAGGAACAAAAUAUGUAAAGAAAACAAAAAUACUUUGUCAUUGACUAUACAUGUGCCCAUAUAAUCUGUUCCAUGUCCUUGUCAAGCAAUCAGAAACCUCAGCUUCUAGUGACUGCUCAAUGCUACCACCUUAUUGUGUGCAGCUGAUCUCAGAGCACGUUUUGAUGUUUUUAAAUCUGUGCCGACCCAGUUGAUGAGAUAAACUGCCAAAAUCACAUUGUACUACAUGUAGGCACUGGGAUGACAUGUCAAAGAGAGGACUUGUAGUUGGCUCAGGGGCCUGGCGCUGCCUUGGGGUGGGAAAUGUUCAUUCUGACUACACAGCAUCGCAUUGUUGGCACUUAAAGCCCUGAGAACAUGACAUUGCAGGUAUCAUAAUGAUUGACACCUAAUGCCUACAUACCAUCUUUUGACAAAUAUUUUGUGACUGUUUCAAAUAGCAACAUUUGAAUUUUCAUGUGAUGUCCUAUCAGUCAAGUGGUAUGCAGUACAGAACCCUUACAAGUGGUGGUUUCUCUGAGGUUUUGCUGUUGAUCCUCCCAUUCAUUGUGUUUCCAAAAUGGUCUAUAUUCUCAGCACCACCCAGGGGGUAGUUGACAGAAGUAACUUGUGCCUGUGUAUAGCCAUCAGAAGGGUGCUCUUCUUACAAGACACAUUACAUUGUACAGUAUAUGAUGUAUGUUGAUGUAGCAUUCUACUGAGUUUGCUCCAAGCUCUGUACACACAGUAGCAGGCUUGCCUUCAUGUAGGGUAUUGUUACAAGUCAGAUGAACCGUGCAGAACUUCCUGAAAGUUUGUUACCCUGCAAAAAUAUCCAAGGUUGUUUUUCAUUUAUACAAAUUUCCCCACUUGUGACCAAGUAUCAAUGCCCAGUUCUGUUUCCUUUUGUAGAAUAUGUACUUUGAUGCCAAACCCAUGCUUUGCUCCAAAACAAUGUGUAUGUGAAUCGUUAUUUUCACCUCAAUUUUAUUCUUUACCAUUGGCUCCUCAAGUCUGGUGUUUUUAAUACUGACCAUUAGCCUGGGAGCAGCAUUCAAAGAUGCAUCUAUGAAGACGUGAAUGUGGACAUUUUUACAGGGAAUGCUGGGAUGUGAGUGGGUAUGAUUUUUUUAUUACAUAUUUUUACCACUCAAGAAUGAUAAAAACCACUGAAAGUUAAACACCACUGGAGGAGAGGUUAAGUUCUGGUUGGCUGUGAGGUUUACCAGUGACAUGAAAGCCUUUAGUUGUACCAAACCCUACAUUAUGGCAAGACUUCGCUGGAAGGAUAGGACUAUUUUCCUGCAGAGCAUAUAAUUGGUAAUGACAGUUAACAAUUUUGUGAACUACAGAUUUGUAGAUGUGUCAAGUCAGAAGCGAUACAAAUCCAAGAGGAAAUUCAACUGCGGCAUCUUUGUAUUUUGACAGGCUGUUCUAGCUGAGGAGUCAAUUUUGCUCAUGUGCACCGAGCUGUGUGCAAACGUGCAUUUCUUGUGAGAUGUAUUCAAAGGCGUUUUAGCUUGUAUCUGCCAGGCUUUACAAGACUGGAAUGUAGCAGUGAUGACAGGAAUACAAAUUAGAUAAAUCAGUGCUUGUAACAACCAAAUUUCGUUCCAAACUUUCAUACCAAGUUCAGCAUUUUCAAAGAUGUAAUGAUCACAUGAUGACCUGUUCCCCACUUGUGUCUCUGAUCUCAGAAAAGACUUUGUACAUUAAUUGUAGAAUUCUUUGCUCUCUACAUGAAGUUUUUGUUUGAGCUAUUCUUGGUCACAAUAGUGUCAUAUUUUUUGUGCAGCUCCUUUUAGUGAAUAAACAAUGAGAAGAUGGGA